GCAACGUGGCAAGAAGUCUCUUCUGUUGCAACACACACACACACACAUCAGUUUUAAUUUGUGUACAACAAUUUGAAAUCGUUCAACAUGUCUUUCAUUACGCGGGAAUACAAGUUCGAGACCAGCAUGAGCCUGAUGCAGCCAAAAUCAGAUCAGCAUACAAUGGCAAUGCGGAAUCUGAAAAAACUUGUCAAACCACUGCUGCGCCUCAUGAAGAAGAAGCAGUUGCUACGCAAAACUCUGGCCGAGGUGCAAUCACAGAAUGAGAUCAACUCAUCGCUGGAGGAUAUGCGCAAAGAUCCCAUUGUGAGCUGUGACAAUCUGGCCAACGAGCAACUGGAGCAGCUACUCUACAACGAUCUGCGCCAGUGCCCCAGCAACGCAGCCAUGAUCGUGCAGCAAGGUCAACAGCAGCGCAUCGUGCCCGUUCACUCCAAUCAGACCUUCAUACCAGUCCACUUCGCUCGCACCAGCAACGGCACCUUCUUCUGGACCUCAGUCGACGCGCCAGCUUGCCGGCAGCAGCAGCAGCAGCAGCAAGAACUGCAGCAACGUGAGCGUCUCGAUCGCUGGGUGCAGGCCUAAGCCAGUCUACUUAGAAUCGCAGCGCCAGCUACAUUGACGUCAGCUUUAAUACCAAGUGAAUGCUCUAUACUCUCUACGGAUGCUUCACUUGGCACGAUUGUAAUCUCAGGGUGAUAUUAGCAUACAGAAAACCGACUAGCAUACGACAAUUUAGCAAUUGUGCUUGUAAAUUAUUGUGAUGCAGUUA